GUGGCUGGAAAGUUCACGAUACCCAAAAAGUCUUCGGUUAGCAACCCCAAUUUCCAACCCGGACGAAACUGGUUAGAUCGUUGCAACAAUGAGAGCGCAGAAUGAGUUCAACAUCUCAAAGUCCUUAUCUGCAAUCUAAACUGCAGAACUGAUGCUCAGCUUUCUACAGCUGCCCUACACUCUAUAUUUGGUUUGCCGUUCAAAAACGGAAAUAUAAAGAGACUGGUAGAAAAACCGAACCAAGAACAAAAACAAAUCCAGAAUCCAGAAUUAGAAAUUUGUGUUGAGAGACAGUCAUCUGACAGCCAACAGAAUGGGGAAUGAAAUAAUCCAGUUCCACAAUUGCUUCAUUUUGCGAGAUGGGAAAAUCAUUAAAGAGGACCUGUGGACCUGUGAUGGCAAAAUUGUUAAUCCGGAACCCAUUUUCUUUGACCAAAAGGACUAUGCUGACAUAAAAAUUGAUUGCGAAGGGCUUACAAUUGCUCCAGGAUUCAUAGAUGUACAAGUAAAUGGUGGCUUUGGUGUGGAUUUUUCUCACGAUAGUGAAACCAUUGAGGAAGGCUUGAAAGUGGUAGCUAAAGGACUUUUGGCUUAUGGUACUACUUCAUUUUGUCCUACACUGGUUACCUCAUCGCCUAUAUAUUAUCACCAGGUUGUAGAAAAAAUUAAGAAAACUCCAGGAGGAUCUGACGGAGCAGAAAUCCUUGGCAUACAUGUUGAGGGACCUUUUAUCAAUAAUGAUAAAAAGGGUGCCCAUGACUUGCAAUUUAUUCACAAGUUCACAAAUGGAGCCAGUUCUAUUGAAGAAGUAUAUGGAAAGCACUGGAGGAAUAUCUCAAUGAUCACUCUAGCUCCUGAGCUGGAAAAUUCAACAGAAGUUAUUAAAUACUUAACCAGUAAUGGUGUGACAGUUUCACUGGGCCAUUCAAUGGGUAGCCUUAUUCAGGGAGAAGAAGCAGUAAGAAAUGGUGCCUCCUUCAUCACUCAUCUUUUUAACGCCAUGUUGCCUUUCCAUCACCGAGAUCCUGGGCUUAUCGGGUUGCUAGCCUCUUCGAAAAUUCCAACCGGAAAAACUAUUUAUUACGGAAUUAUCGCUGAUGGAAUCCACACUCAUCCAGCGGCGCUUCGCAUUGCCUACAGAACUCAUCCUAAAGGGCUCGUUUUAGUAACCGAUGCAAUGUCGGCGCUCGGCUUGCAACCUGGACAAUACAAACUCGGUUACCAGGACGUUGAUGUCAAAGAGAACUGUGCCGUGUUGGCUGGGACCACCACAUUGUGUGGAGCGAUAGCCUCGAUGGAUAAAUGCGUCCGUCACUUGAAGCGCGCUACAGAGUGCUCUACUGUUGAAGCUCUGGAAGCAGCUACUUUGCAUCCAGCUUGCGCCUUAGGCAUUAGCGAUCGCAAAGGGUCUCUUCUCUUUGGGCGCGAUGCCGAUUUUGUCAUUCUAGAUCACGACCUCAAUGUCGUUUCCACCUGGAUUGCCUCACAGAAAGUUUAUCAAAAUCCUGCCGCUGUGGAACUGACUUCUCGGAGAAUAACCAAGCAAUAGGUUUAAUUACUUUAGUCUUAUUUUUGGUAAAUAGAAAUAUAUUCAAAUUGUCAAA